AAAUUGAAUCAGAAUCACAAGAAUGAGUUUCUUGGGGAAAAGUACUUGAGCUUCUGUCUUCCGCAAAGAAAAUAGCUUUUCUUUCAUGGCGUCGCAAAUGCCAUGGACAUGUUAUGUUAUGCGCUGAGGAAAGCACCUCUCCACUGCAUUAAACGCACUCUGUUGGACUGAAACGGCUUAUCACAGUCACCCCCUGGGUGUAUACAGAAAAACAAGCCAAAAAGAGGAAGAAAAAAAGCAUCCGUUCAUUCUUCCGGCGAAUAGGGAAGGCUAUAAAGCUUUGCACCCUAUGUUGCUACGGGGACAUAUUGCCCCCAUUUCUAUGCGAUGAUCCAGCGGAUCUCCAGCCAGGUUUAUCUGGUCUUGAAUGGGCAUUAUCAAUCGAUCCAUGUCCAUCUGGUAUUGAGCUGACCGUUAACGCCAAUCCAGCUGAUCCUGAGGCAUCAUCGUUCUCAGGACCAUCCAGUCUUGAGGUGACAUCUGACAGUGAUCAGGCUGAUCCAGAGCCAUCGCUUGUCCCAGGUCCAUCCAGUCUCGAUUUAAAGUUAACACUGGAUCCAGGUCUAUCCAGACUGGUUUUUGAGACAAUGAAUGUCCCAGGACUAUCUAGUCUUGAUGUAACACCUGUACCAAGUCUAUCCAGUAUCGAGAUUAAACCCGACGUGGAUCCAACCGAGCCCAAGCCAUCAUCUGUCUCAGGUCCAUCCACACUGGAUUCUGAGAUAACGCCUGUCCCAGGUCCAUCUGGUUUUGAAGCAGCUCUUGAACAACAAUCAACAAAGAGGAAGAAGAAAGGCAUCUGUUCAUUCUUCCGCCGAACAUGGAGGGCUGUUAAGCGUGCUGCCCUCUGUUGCCAAAGGGGCAACAAAGUGGCUCCAGAUCCAUUUACCAUUGACCCAGUGGCUCAGCGGGAUAUGUCAGAUCUCCAGCCAGUUUUACUCAGCCUUGGUUGGCUGACAGUUAAUGCUGAGCCAACAUAUCUGGAGUCAUCACCUGUCCCUGGCCCAUCCAAAGUGAAUAAUGAGCCAAUGCCUGCUCCAAGUCAAUCUGGUUAUGAGCCACCUGUUGAAAAACAAAGCAAAAUGAGGAAGAAGAAAGACAUCCAAGCAUUCUUCCAGCGAACAUGGAGGACUGUUAAGUUUCCCUCCUUGGCCCCAGAUUCAUGUCGCGUUGAGCCAAUAGCUCACUGGGAUCCAGUGGACCUCCAGCCAGGACUAUCUGGCCCCUUGUGGGUGUUAAGAAAUGAUCCAGGUCCAUCUUGUUUCGAGGUGACAGUCACGGCUAACCAGGAUCCACCUGAUUCCCAGCCAGGUCCAUUCAGCCUCGAUUCACACUUAACAUUUGACCCAGGUUUAGCUGGUUUUGUAGUUGAGUUGAUGUCUGUCCCAGGACCAUCCAGUCAGGAGAUAAUGCCUGUCCCAAGUCUACCCAGUCUCAAGCUGACACCUGACAUGGGUCUGGAUGUUCCUGAGCUGAAACCCAUCCCAGGUUCCAGUCUUGAGCUGACACCUGCUGUGGAUUUGGCUGAUCCCGAGCCAUCAUCUGCCUCUGGUUCUUCCAGCUGCAGGCUGACACCUGAGACUGAUCUGGACAAUUCUAAACAAAAACCUGUCCCAAUCCUAUCUGUUUUUUGGCCAACUGCAGCAUCAUUUUCCUCCCGCUAGGAUGUGGGAGUGAAGUUGGGACAGGGAGGCUUUGGUUCUGUGUAUGAGGGGACUCGCAGAUCCAGUGGCCAGAAGGUUGCUAUGAAAUUUCUACCUAAGAAGCCCUGGAACAACUUUAUUAAUGUGCCUGGAUCUACGAAACCUCUACUGUCAGAAGUGGCUAUGAAUGUGAUGGUGUGCGCACCUCCGAAAAGCCCCUACAUUGUACAAAUGAUAGAGUGGUUUGAUCAGCCACAUCAGCUCGUCAUAGUUAUGGAAUAUCCGCAUCCAUGUGAGACCUUGCUGGAAUUUACCAUGCGCCAUGGAAGUCGCCUAGAUGAAUCUGUGGCACGUGGCUUAAUGCGGCAAGCGGUGCUUGCAGCCAAACACUGCAUUGAACGGGGCAUCUUCCACAAUGACAUCAAGAUGGACAACAUGCUGGUCAACAUAGAGACGCUGCAGCGCAAACUAAUAGACUUUAGCUGUAGUGUAUGGAGCGAAUUUUGUGCCAAUAAUCAUCAAACAAAUCCAGUGUUUUGCAAAUAAACACAAUCUGCUUUGCAAAGAAAAACUCGACUUUCAAACAAACGCAAACUGAUUUGCAAAUACAAAACUAUCUGAGAGAAAAUGCAGAUGUAUGGACAAAUAUGUAUUGUGUGUUACAACUGUGAGACUCAUUUGCCUUUUUAUGACGAAAUGUGACAUGAUUUUCUCACAAAUGUGGCGGAUGCAGGCGGAUUUUCUCACAAAUGCAAUCCAAAAACAGCAGAUGGCGCUGUUGGUCAAUUUACGCUAGUCUCUCGAGACCCGAAACACCUGUUUACCUUUUCAGGGAAUACAGCAGACCAACAUGAGUAGAGAACAGGUGAGUUUCUGUCUUACUAUAUCUAUAAUAAACUUUUUAGCCUAGAUGUUUUCACAAAGCAUCCCCACUACACUGUUAGUGAAAUUCACAAUAAGUGCUGUAAAGUUGUUAACAUGAUUGAUUAGUUCAAAAAUCAGUAGUGACAUGGCUAAACAUUUAACUAGGCAGUCUUUCUCUAUAAAAAUUAUCUGAUCCAUUCUCUGUACCUCUCAUCCUCUUUUGAAUCGCAGGAUAUAGAAUAUAUAGGCUACAUAUGUUGAUACAAUUGUUUAACUUUCAAAACAAUGCAGGGGUAUAGUGAUUCCAGAAUUGUCAGCAAACUGCAUGUAUAGCGCAGUGAAUGUUUAUACACUCUAAAAAAUGCUGUGUUAAAAACAACCCAGCGCU